AUGUUUCUUUCGCAACGCAAGUAUGCCGAAGAAAUCAUUGAUCGAGCUGGGAUGUCUUCUUGUAAGGCUACUUUUACUCAGGUUAAUACUAAACCGAAGGUGAGCGGCACAUCGGGUGAUCCUUAUGAUGACCCGACUCACUAUCGCAGUCUCGCAGGUGCCCUUCAGUAUCUUACUUUCACGAGGCCGGAUAUCUCUUAUGCUGUUCAACAGGGUACACUUGACUAUGGUUUGCAUCUUUAUCCGUCCUCAGUUGCGGACCUUCUUUCCUACACUGAUGCGGAUUGGGGAGCUGCCCUGACACAUGUCGGUCAACGUCUGGUUACUGUGUCUUUCUUGGGGAUAACUUGA